GUUCGAGAUUCUGAAGGCGACGUUCGGCGGCUGGAUUUCCGCCGUCCCGCCUCGCUCACUCGGCAUCGCUGGCGCCAUGGAGGCAGACCGCGCCGCGGGCGCGCAGAUGCAGUUGCCCAUGUCCCCGCGCGCGUACAACCGCCUCGUGCGCGAGCUCAAGUACGUCAACGCGAACAUCCUCGGCCGGCCGGCUCACGGCUACCAGGCGAACCCCGCUGGCACGAAGGUGAAGUUCGCGGGGGGCUUGCUGCCGGCGGCGCCUGCGUCGCUGAAGGCGUGGUGGCGCAAGUACUUCCAGGAGGGCGCCUCCCGCGCGGGCGCGGCGGGGCCGACGCCUGGCCCAUCGAGGCCCAAGCCCGCGGCGCGGCUGGCGAAGAGUCGCCGACAGGUGUCGGCUGCUCGCGACCGCAGCGGGAGCGGCCUCGUUGACAUCGAGGCUUUCGACGAUGUCCUCGCGGAGUUCGCCGUUCCACGCACGACGUUGACCCCGGUCGCCCCAGCGACUCACCGUCGCCGCCAUGCGCGCGCCCGCCCAGGCGGCGCGGGGGCGGGGCGGCGCGGCGCCGGCGUCGACGGCGUCGCGCCGAACGAGGGGAUGACCGAUUCGGCGCGCGGCGACGCGUCCUCCGGAGGCGCGGAUGCGACGCUCGAGCAGGCCUCCCCUGUCCAGUCCGUCUUGGAGUCGAACGGGGAGGAGGUGGCCGCGUCGACAUUCGGGGACGCGCCCAUCGGAGGCAGGGGCGCGGCGCCCGACCAGGACUUGGCGGAGUUCGCUGAGGGGCUGAACCAUGACUUGUCGGCGGAGUCGGCGCCCGGGGGCGCGCCCCCCGGCUGCGCGGGCGCGACGCCCAAGCAGGAGUUGGGGGAGUUCGUCGAGGAGCCGAGAGAGGACUCGGCGGAAUCUGCCGAGGAGCCGGACCAGGGCUCGGCGGCGUUGGCGCCCUGUGGCGCGCCCGCGGGAGGCAAGGGGGCGUCGCCCGAGCACGCCGCGGCAGAGAUCAUCGACGAGCUGAACAGGGGGAUGACCGAGUUGGCUCUCGAGGGCUUGUCCGCGGGGGGGUGCGAGGACGGAGAGCCCGAGCGAUUCCAUGCGAAGUUCGUCGAGGAACAGGGCGACCUCUUCGUGCGCUGCCGGAUGGGCAUCUUCACCCUGGAGGAGAUCGUCCAGCAGGCUGAGGCCCUGGAGAAGCGCUACGGGGCAAUUGCGUGGCGCCUGAUCUACCUGCUCAGGACUAUGCCAGACAUCCUCUGCGAGAGCGUCCCUGUCGAGUGGAGCGGCGCCCCCUGGCAGUCAGUCGGAGGCAGCGGCACGCCGCUCGGCGAGAUGGAUCACGCCUCGACGCUCGAGUACCAGCGCGUCUUGCAGGAGCGGCUCGAGCGCAACGGGGGCCGCGAUCUCGUCAUGGACGCAGAAGCCCGGAGGAGGAGGGAUUUCCCCGAGGAGUUCCCCGCCAGCGGGAGGACUACCGCGCCGAGCUUCGAAACGCCGCCGCCGAAGGAGAGGUUCGAGGCAGAGGCCGCGGUGGCGCAGAUGCACGCGGAGGACGGCUGCGAUCGCCAUCGUGGUCGACGGGGUCAGGGCGGUUCAGACAAGCUGCUGCCCUCCUUCCACCUCAGGGCGAGCUUCGACCACCUCGAACUCCCGCACGCUCAGUGCGCGUUCACCGCGGCGCAGGUGGAACUGUAUCAUCUGUCCAGACGCAUGACUCACGACCAGUUCCUGCGGGAGAAGGGCAUCCUGGAGCAGGUGGCCAGCAGGAGGGCAGUGUUGCUGGCGUGGCUGCUCUGGGAGGAAGGCUGUUGGAAGCCCGACUUUGAUGCCCGAGCGAAGCGUUUCCUGGCGGCGGUGGGUCGCCCUCUCGCGGCAGGCGGCUCGCGGGGGCCCGCGGGCGGCGCGCCGCGGCUCGUGGAUGACGAGCUCUCGCAGGAAGAGAAGAGGAUGAGGACGGUGUCCGCGGUCAAGCAGUCGUUGGAGUACGUGGAAAUGCAACUGAGGUGCAGCACCGGGGAGCUGGACGAGGAGGACAGGCCCGCGACCCCGGACCCCGCCCUGCCGCACGUCAGCAAGCGGGAUUGGGAGAAGAGUGUGCAGCAGUGGCGCCAUGCCACAUCGCGAGCACUGGCCGCAACCCCGGUGGACGCUGCGGCGCUUGCGGCGGUGGGCCGACUUGGCGCUUGGACGACGGAAUCGCCUCCAAUUUUGCGCGGCGUCGAUGUGCUUACCCAGAGCGGCAACUGCAUUGUGCAAUCGUACGCCGUUGUGACGGGCGAUUUCCGCGGCGCCAUCGAGUACUGCCAGCAGCGUCCCGUGCGCCGCGGCGCGACGCGUCUGUACGCCGACGUCGCCGCCCAUUUCAACUUUUCCUUGGGAUUCGCGGGCUUGGAGGUCGCGCAAGACGGGCGUCAUGCGCUCCGCCCUGGGCUGUACUUCUUCCACAUCCGUCUUCAUUGCCGCCCCGUGGUUGUCCCGCCCGAGAGCGAGCUGGCCUGCGUGUGGAGAGGCUACGAGCGGAUAUUCAUAAGGAUAGCAACCCUGGCGCGCAAGGUGGACGAGAUCGGCGGGCAGCUCCUGUUCAUCGAUGGUGGCUGGCGUUUUCCCGUGUGCGCAGGUCUGCGCGCUGGCGGCGGGCCCGGCGCCGAGGACGAGCUUGCCCCGGUGGGCAACGAGGCGGGGGGGGCGGGAAGCGCCCCCCCCCUGCAGCUGACGCAGGAGCUGAGCAGGAUUCUCCCGCCAGGGGUGGGGGAAGAUCGCCCCCGCCAGGCCGGCGACGGCGCGGCGGCCGCGGAGGAGGAGUGCAAGGCGUCCGCCGCCGGCACCCGGCCCGGCGACGGCGCGGCCGCCGCGGAGGGGGAGGAGGAGCGCGAGGCGUUUGCCGCCGGCAGCCAGGCUGGCGAGGGCGAGGCGUCUGCCGCCGGCCCGAGCGCGUCGCCCCCUCUCCCCGACGACGACAUGGCAGGCGCGUUCGAGAAGCCAAAGGAAAAGCCGCCCGCGCAUAGCCUGACGGAGCACCUCGACAAGCACCUCGGGAAGCACGUCGGCAUGGCCAACAAGAACGAGGUCAUUCUCAAAUAUCUGGUGGACCUUGAUUUGAGCGUGGACAACAGCAUGCUUCUCCAGGCGGAAUGCGUGUACCUCAUUUUCCAGUCUGAGGAGCGCAGCCUCCUGUACCACAUCAGCCACGGCGCAUGGUACACGUGGGGCGAGCAGGGCUGGACGCAGAAAGACGGCUCGAACCGCGUCAUGGAGUUCAUGCAGACGGGGUUCUUGAAGGCCGCGAGGGAUGUUCGGAAGCUCGCGAGGCAGCGGCAAUGCUUCCCGCCGACCGCCGACGGUGAGGAGCACAUCCGCACGGCGUUCCUGGACAAGCUCGUCGCGGCGGUGGAGGGCAAGGGCACCGUGAAGGCGUUGAUGGACCAGUGCGCCAUAUUCUUCAAGCUGGAUCCCGUGUUCGACGCGAACCCAGAUAUUCUGCAGUGCCGCAACUGCGUGCUCGAUCUGGCGAAGAAUUGUUUCAGGGAGUCCCGUCCGUCGGACAUGACGAACAGAAGCUCCUCCGUGGCGAUCCCGAAGGAGUGGUUGGAGGACCCGUCCCUGGUCAUGCCGCAGUCGCUCGGGCAGAGGACCAUGGUCUGGAAUUCGCUCUGGAGCAUCUGGAAGAGAGGCGAGGGCGGCUUCCACCCGGGCGGCGAGUGGGUCGAUGUGAAGACCGCCCACUGGCCCAACUUCGUGGUGAAGGGCAACCCCGGCGCGGACGAUGGGGCCAUGUUUGCGCGCGCCGCUGUCGCGCACGUGGCGAAGCUCACCCCGGUCGGGUACGACCGGGUGUGCAGCUUCAGCUGGUCGCCCGCGCUGGCCUGCGGGCGCUUGGUCGACCUGGCAGCACACGACGCCGGCGUUGACUUGAGCCACGACAUGAUGAUGCACGUGGCCGUCAAGGAGGGCGACGGCUUCCUGGACCUGUCCACCAUGGGCUGCCUCGUCCGCGCCUGCCAGGGCUGGGAGGCGGGCGAUUGGACUUGGAAGGGCAUGGACAUGUGGCGUGUCCAAGACUUCGCCGUCAAGAAGUUGUCAGAGGUGGCCGGCGACCGCGCCAAGCUCCCGGAGAAGCGCUUCGCGACGCUGCGCCCGGCGCUGGACUUGCCGCGCGAGCUCGUGCUUCUCUGCGGCCGCACGCAGUGGCACAAGCUCGACGCCGCUGGCCUGCAGCGCCUCGACGCGGACCUCAGGAAGCACAUCCUGGCGCUUGUCGAGGAUUGCGAGGGGGGGCAGGACCAGCUCGCGCAGCCGCGCUGA